CGCGAAGACAUACUGCGGCUGCCAAACUUGGGUUCCACAACAACGCGUCUGCUGGCAACUUUUUGGCUGAGGGCGCCGACAUGGACGCGCAGGACAACGCGGCGCAAAAUGUCGACUUGACUCUCCGUAACCUGCUCAACUCCGUCCAGUGCGUCACGGCUCGGGUUCGAGACGGAGAGCCCAAUGAGCGCGAUGGAGACUUCAACCUCUCCAACUUUUGGGACACUUUGGGCCAGGCGGUGAAGGCGGUAUCUCAGGAAGCCACCAAAGUCAGCCUGGCCUUCUCCAAGCCGCCGGUGCCGUCACAGCAAGAUGGAGAGCAGCUGGCCGACUCUGUCCUCAAAAGCGUUCUCAGCCUUGCCACCAUUUAUUACUGGCUUCCCAAGAGCCAAGGCGUCAGUCUACGUCAGCAAGUGCGGGACGCCACCGUGCAGGUUCUGGAGGGGCUGAUGCAGCUCCUGGAGGUCAUACUUACUUCGCCAUUACAGAGUCUGACUCAGGAGCAGCUGAGGUCUACGGGAGGCGUGUGGUCAGCAUGUGACCGCUUCACCCGCCUACCUCAAGACAAUAAGGCUGCAGUGGUGCUGGUCCUAACUGGGCAGAGCGGCAUUGUCAAAGACGCCAUUGAGGAGUUAGAGCAGGCGCUGUCCGAAGCCCACGACCCGUUUGGGGACAUCCUGGAUGACGAGGAGGAUGGUGAGGAGCCGCGGGGCAACCGAGACACGUACUGGUCGGAGCGGGACCGCCGCGUGGUCGCCACCUGCCAGGGGAUGAUGAAGGCGGCGGCCGCCUGCCUGAGGAAAACGACGGCGGCCGUCAGGACCCGCGGGGACGCCCGCGCGCCGCAAAGUGUGGCUCAGCUAGACGACCUUAUCGAUGGCAUCAAGGGAAUCAGCCCAGGAGUUGAUGACCUGGCUUUGUGUGUGUACCCACCUCUGGACUACAACAGUGUGGACAGUCAUGUGACCAAACUGGCGGCGCUUUUGAAGAAAGUCCUCGCCAUAAUCAGGUCCAGUCACAUCUGUGGUGAAGCCGAACUAACCUGGGUUCAGUUCCUGAAUGGAGCCGUGGACCACAACUUGCAAAAAGCCAAAGAUCUCCUUCGGCUGGACAGCUAGUGUGUGUGUGUGUGUGUGUGUGUGCGCGCGUGUGUGUAGCA